AUGGCACUGAAGAGAAAACACAGUUCUAACGAUCUGAUCGUUAGUGCUGGUGAUGAAAAUGAGAGGAGGAGGAAGAGGAGGAGGACGGAGAGUUCUGAGAAGCUGCUCUCUCUUCACUUCUGUGACUGGAGCAGCAGCUCAGAUCAGGCUACUGCACCGAUAAAUGAGACACUAGCUGAGGAUGACUUUCUGAGCUGUUAUGAAAUCGGCAAAAUGCUUGGUGAGGGAGGAUUCGGCUGCGUCUAUGAAGGGAAACGCUUGGAGGAUGGCCUAGAGGUGGCAGUGAAAAUAGCCAGCAAGCCAAGGAACAUGAAAUACAUCUACGUUCCUGGUCAUCAUGCACCCCUUCCGUCAGAGGUCGCCCUUUUACUCCUUGUUAACAAAGAGCCCAGAGCUCCAGAGAUCAUUACGCUGCUGGACUGGCAGGACCAGCCUCAACGUUACAUCCUGGUCAUGGAACGGCCAUCCCCCUGCAAAGAUCUGUGGGAUUAUGUGAUGCUUCAGGGAGGCUUCCUCAACGAGGACAUAGCACGGUUUAUCAUGGCGCAGGCAACAAAGGCCGCUCACACGUGCUGUCAGCGAGGGGUAUUUCACCGGGACAUCAAGCUGGAGAACCUACUGAUCCACCCAGAAAGGCUUGAGGUCAAACUGAUUGACUUCGGCUGUGGGGAUCUCCUGCAAGACUCCGGCUAUGAACGAUUUUGUGGAACACCAGAGUACUGCCCGCCUGAGUACUAUGUGGCCCACAGGUACCAUGGGAAACCAACAACUGUGUGGUCUCUGGGAGUGCUCUUGUUCAUGCUGGUGUGUGGACGCUACCCAGAACCCAGGGAUGUUGAACUGAUUGACGACGGCGUCUGGUUUGAGCCUGACUUGUCGAAUGAAUGCAGUCACCUGAUUCGAUCCCUGCUGAAUGAAAGCCCAAGCCGGCGGAUUGAUUUGGGGGAAAUCCUUCUACAUGAUUGGUUCAAGGUACUGUGUUACAACUGA